CAGAGCCUGAUUGGAAGGAGGGAUCUGUCCGUCGCAGACGGUGACGAUUUUACCUAUCGAUAUUUUGAGUGAUUGUGAUACUGCUUAGGAGGUAUCUGACUACUCAGCAUAUAAUUAAGCGUACUGAAAGGCAUCUUGCUACCACGCCACCCUGGCUGUCCCAGUUACCAGAACAUUACCCCGCCGUGCGAGGAACUCUGUUGUUCUACAGCCAAGAUGCGUCUCAUCAAGAACAAAAUCGAGCACAAUGGCUCUGGAACGGUGACCUUGUGUCCUGAGGAGCCUGAGGAUAUGUGGCACGCAUACAACCUGAUCCGGCCGAACGAUCUUCUCCGCGCCAGCGCUAUCCGUCGUGUCACCACAACUCAAGAAACCGGUUCUACUACCUCAGCUCGAGUCCACUUGACGCUAGAGAUCCGCGUUAAGAACCUUGAUUUCGAUCCGCAGAGUUCGCAGCUACAUGUUAGCGGGACAAUUGUGAACGAGACGGCCCAUACGAAGAUCGGGCAACACCAUACGCUCGAUCUUGAGCUGAAUCGGAACUUCACGCUAGAAAAGGAAGUUGGAGCGGACGGUGAGGGCGUCGGAUGGGACAGUAUCGCGGUGCAGAUGUUGAAGGAUGCGGUGGAUGAAGGGGGACAACGGAGGGCGGAGGCCGUGGCCGUGGUGAUGCAGGAAGGGUUGGCGCAUAUUUGCUUUAUUGGGCAGUUUCAGACUAUCCUAAAGCAGAAGAUUGAGAUGUCGGUGCCCAGGAAACGGCAUGGUGGGGGUGAUCAUGAUAAGGGUAUGUCGAAAUUCUUCCAGGUUACACUCGAUACGCUGCUGCGCCAGCUGGAAUUCAACACCAGCUCGGCUUCACUCACCAGCAGCGAGACCGUUCGACCGGUUCUCCUUGCAUCGCCAGGCUUCGUGGCCUCCGGAUUCCAGAAGUACAUCCAGUCGCAGGCAUCCACUUCGACCCCGGCACUUAAACGCCUCCUACCCAGUAUUGUGGUUGUACACUCGGCUUCCGGUUAUCUGCACUCGCUAGCGGAAGUGCUGCAGUCGCCGGCUGUGAAGACCAUCCUUGCCGAUACCAAAUACGCGCGCGAGACAAAGCUCAUGGACGACUUCCUCGACCAGCUCCGCAAAGAAACCAACAAAGCGACAUAUGGUCCCCGCGAGGUGGAAUUCGCUGUCGACCAGGGUGCCGUUGGCCGCGGUGGCGGCGUGCUGAUCAUCUCCAAUCGGCUGUUCAGGUCACAGGAUGUGGCGGAGCGCAAACGCUGGGUAUCGCUGGUAGAUCGGGUACGGGAUGUCGAGGGUGGUGAGGUGCGAGUGCUUAGCUCCGACCAUGAGAGUGGAAGGCGACUUGAUGGGCUAGGAGGGGUGGCAGCCCUGUUGACGUUCCCUAUAAUAGAUAUAGAAGAGGAGGGGGAGGACGACCAUUAGAGCCUAUGUUUCGGGUGUGCACAGCCCGGGCACCUGCUGCUACUCCCUUCUUCUCGUAAUCCCUGAUGCUGGGUGUCUAGCCCCCGUAACGUUGAACGAUUGCACGACUCUCAUAGCUAGUGUGUCUAAGACGCUUAUCAUUCAAGAACCCGGAGAAGGUCCGAACGGAAUGAAUGCAACGGCAAAGACGUGUACAACAUUCAGCAAGCCAGCCCGCUGAGGGGUUGGAAGACGACAGCGACACUAGAAGCGCAGUAACCCAUUCCUGGCGCUUGAUUCUGGAAAUCCUGUGCUCCGCCAUACUGGCGCAGAAGCGACGGCAGGAUUC